AUGCCCCGAAAAGCCUCAUAUUCUUCGCAGAAAUCCAUGUCUUCGGCGCCUGUAUCGUCGUAUCCGAUGGGUACACAUUUGUCUCCAGGAUCUUCGAGUUCCUCUUUGGAUUCCUCGCCAACAUCAGAAUUUCCGACCCCCAUAUCCCCGUCUUCAGACUUACUUAAGGAUCCUUCCCUCUUGUUGAAACAGGUAUACCAGGAUGCCAAAGAAUGUCUGAGACUAGAACAAAAGGAUGAGUUCUGGGCACUUCUAGCCAAAACCGAACAACAACAUGGGCAGAUAUCACUCCCUCUCCCAAAGGUCCCCAUUGGGAAAAUGACCCGAAAGGAAGUAAAAGUCGCUUUUCGCCUAACGCCAAACCCAACAGACCAGGCCCCGUGGUUGCAUCCCCCUCCAGGAGCCCCUCUCCCACAGUGUGCUCUCGAAAUCGGACGUGCGGAUUACACUUUGUGGUACGGAGAAACCCGUGCGAUGUCAGAAAAGGCGAUUAACCUGGUUAUCGUUGAGGCCAAGAAGAAGGGUAUGGUGAGCGCUGGGGAGGCCCAACUCCUUGGCUACAUGGGUAUCGUUCACCAAGAACGUAAGACCCUGAGAAAGGUCAAUACAGUUGUCUACGGCAUGGCUAGUGAUGGAGAUGAGUUUCAUUUUCACCAAAUAAACAAUGACAGCGAGUGGACAACCGUUUCCCACCGAGCCCUCGGAAGAAACUACGGUAAGGUAGUUGAUCUCUUGACCUACAUUAUGCAAGAGGUCAUCUCUCUCCCCCCCUUCGUGUCUAAGGACGUUUCAGCAGAGGAUGACCCUAUGACGGACGUUGGGAUUAUUCUAGUGUAG